UGGGACUAGUAAGUCUCUAGGGUGAAUUGAAAAUGGGACUAUCUUCCCCUGUUUCUGAAAAGGGAUUUCAGUCUGGAUUUUGGGGCUCCCUGAAACUGGAGUUUUCAUUGCCCGGGACACGCUGCUUUCCAAAGAUGCCUGCAGGUCGGAGUUUCAAGAAGUCAAGAAGGGAAGAGGGUAUCGGUGAUGCAAAACACUGCAGGAAAAAGGAUGGGCAUCCCUUUAAGAAGAGGCUUUCAACACUCAGUCUCUUUUCUGGACCUUCACGGAAUGUGAGUCCUCAGGAAAAUAACGGGCACCUUGAAGACAAGAAGAGAGGUGUGCAAAGAAAAGAGUCCAUGCAGCUGAAAGCCCAGAAGGAGAUGUGUUCCUUGGGGAAGGCUCACUCUGGGAAAAUGUGCCCCAAAUGCGAAAUUGUCGUCUGCAGGGUGUGCAACAUGCUACAUACUGAAAGCAGCUUCAUUGCUCACAGUUUGCUAGAUCACUAUGACAGAGGAAGGCACUCAUCCUGCUGCUUGGAUUCUGAAUUUCCCCAAGACCACCAUGUAUGUAAGCACUGUGCAGGACCAUCCUUCUCUCAUGGCAGGUCUUGUAAGCUGCCUACACUGGAAACCGAAUCUCUACUGCGACUCUCUCUAUCCUGACUUUGUAGAGACAAAGUGAAGAAAUUUCCUUGCCCUGCAUAGUCAAUAGCCAGAUCGAUUCUUUUCAAAUGGCUCAGUAGUGUGCACACUGCCGAGUCUGUGUGCAAGGUUAGUAUGUGAAAUCGCCAACAAAGCACAGGAAGCUAUAUUCCCUCUGCUGCAUGAA